UAUUACACAUUAUACAAUUUGAUGCUUAGAAACUAUGAAAUGAUAAAAUAUCAUUUCCAUGGAAACAAGCAAAUUGAUGUUAUAAAUCCUCCCUCUUUCAAAUUUCAUAAUAUACUUUCUUUUAACAAUGUGAUAAUUGAUAACAUGAAUAAUGAAGAGUCGUUAAUUUACUGGUUAGAAAAUUGGAGUACAAUUGUAACAGACAUUAAUAUUUCUAAGAUCAAUAACUUUUUAUCCAAUCAAGACAUAAAUGAUGACAUCAAAUUCCAAUCUAUGACGAUUGACAAAACAAACAUUUACAUUUUAGCAUGUUAUUUUCCGUAUUCAUGCUCUGUAUUUACACUCUACGUUUUGGAAAAGAAAUAUGCAAGUCUCAAGAGCGUCUCAAAUGCAUACAAAUAUGUUAAAAAGAUACCAAUAAGCUUAGAUGAAAAUGUGUUUUAUAAAAAAAUUUACGCUUUUGAUAAAUAUUCACAAUCAUAUCCUCCAAUGAGAUGUCUGACACCUGACGAAAAAGUUUAUAAUUUUGAGAAUGUGACUGCAACGGCAAACAGCAUCAUUGUAAAUUUACAGGAGUCGGUUGUAAAGAGUGGAUGCAAAAAAUAUAAUUUACCAACCACUAUAUAUACUAUCACAAUAAGCCAUUGUGUAGACGACAAUCUCAACAAGCCUAAAGAAUUCAAUGUGAAGACAGCCGAGAGAUAUUACGAGAUUCAGAACUUAACACCAUUUACAGAGUACAAGUUGACAUUUACUUUAAGCAAUUUUUACUUUGAUCAAUUAUCAAUAAAUCCAUUGGAUUCGAACGUAAUACGAAUAAAAACUAAUUCGGGCAAGCUUAAUGUACCAGAAAACGUAAGUGUUUUAGCUUUGACGCCUACUAUAGCACUAGUUUAUUGGAUGCCACCCAAGAAAUUGAACUGCGCAGUUGUGACCUACGAAGUGCAUUGGAAGUUAGUGAACGACACGCAACAAGAGAAUAAACAAUUUAUUAAUGUGCCGAAACGUGUGGCAGAUGGCAGAUUUUUCACAAAGAUUAACUUGUCGCUACCAGUACAAGAUUACUUGAUAUACGUGCGUGUAUAUCCAAUUAAUUUCAGCGAUUUCUACAACGAGAGUUUAAGCAAGAUCGAUCACAUAUACUCAGAACCAAACAAUAUUACUUUGAGCGAAGUCAACACAAAUAGCAUGGACAUUUCAUGGAUCUCAAACGUUAAUCUUACGGUCUUUCCUACACUAGAGUACAAAGAUAUUGCAGCAGAAAAAUGGCAAACAACGAAGUAUAUUAAAACGAAUGAUAACAAAGAAAGAAAUAUUAACAAAGAAAUAAUAUAUCAUAUCGAAAAUUUACAGUCGGAAACUUUAUACAAGUUUCGCUUGAUAUUGAUAUAUCCCGAAUAUGAGGAAACUUUUACAUGGCCGGCUGAUGAAAGAUUUAUUUUUUCAACACUUGGUGACAUUGAUAUGAAUUCGAGCAUUCAUGGUAAAUAUUACCUACCAUUGAUAUUAAGUUUUAUUGUUAUAGUUAUUAUAACCUACAUCUGCUACAUUUAUUAUUUGUAUCGUCAACGCAGAGGUAAUAAUGAACAAUUUUUGUCUUCAACAAUGACUGAUAUAGAAUUGGAGAGUCUACAGGAGUGGCAAGUAGCUUGCCAAAACACUCAAUUCAAUACGAUUUACAGUCCUAUGUUACAUUAUAAUCCGGAUGAAUGUGCGAUAACUAAAAUAGCACAUAAACAAAUUAGAUUUACAAAACAUAUUGGUAGCGGCGCAUUCGGAAUGGUGUAUCAAGGAAAUGUGAAAAACUUAGAAAGUUCGAGCACAGAGAUAUCCGUUGCAAUAAAGACGCUUCGGAAAAAUGCUUCUUCCCAAGAGAAAAAUAAAUUGUUAAAGGAAGCCGAGCUUAUGAAUCGUUUUAGACACAAACAUAUAUUAAGAUUGUUGGGCGUUUGUUUAGAUGGGGAUCUUCCGUUAUUAGUGUUGGAAUUGAUGGAAAUUGGAGAUCUAUUAAAAUAUUUGAGAGAUUGUCGAAAUUUGGAAGCGUCAGAUUCACACGCUUUGCGUUUGCAGGAUUUAUUUGCCAUGUGCGAAGAUGUUGCGCGAGGCUGUUGCUACUUGGAAGAAUUGCGUUUCGUACAUAGAGAUCUAGCGUGUCGCAAUUGUUUAGUAUCUUCAAGAAAUCGCGAGAAUCGUGUCAUUAAAAUUGGAGAUUUUGGACUAGCUAGAGAUAUCUAUAUGGAUGAUUAUUAUCGCGUGAAAGGAGAAGGUUUGCUUCCUGUUCGCUGGAUGGCACCCGAAUCUUUAAUGACCGGAAUAUUUAUUUCUCAAAGCGAUGUUUGGUCAUUUGGUGUUUUAAUGUGGGAAAUUACUUCGUUGGGUGAACAACCUUAUGCUGCCAAGACUAAUGAAGAAGUGAUAAAUUAUGUACGUGCUGGAAGCAGAUUGUCGAUGCCUCUUAACUGUCCGUCAGCAUUGUACCAGUUGAUGCUACGUUGCUGGAGUGCAGCGAAUGCCAGACCAAAUUUCGAAUUUUGUCUGAAAAAUAUUAUAGCAUUAAGAAAGAACAUAAAAGAUGCCUUACUGAGUCCAGUCGAUAUUCUUUAGCCGAUAUAAUUAAAUUAAUGUUUAUCUUCUUUUCCAAAUGAUUCAAUAAAUCUUAAUGUAGAAAAAAUAUUUCUAGAAUAUCUU